AUGUUUCAGUCAAAAUUCCAAGGUCCAUUAUUCACUGCGUACUUUAGCGUUGGCAGCAGCCCGCUGGAAAAUUGGGCCGUUCAUCAGUGCAAAGGAGGAGAAAUAAAACAAGUCCAUGACGACGAAAUUAAGUCCAACGUGCUUCAGAUCCAGUCCCAAAACGUGAACGCGUGUUGUAUAACCUGUCCGUUGAAUCCUAAAGAUUCUAUGGGUGUUCGGCUGCCGUUCGUGACGUUGAUAGUAAAAUAUCUAGGUCAAUUUUUUACAUUCGAGAUCACGAUUUUGGACAGCGAAAACAUUCGCCGACGAUUACGCAUGAGCAGUUACCAUGCAACUAAAAAGUUAAGCACGUUCAUGAUCACGAUGCCGGUUAUUAUGAACAUGGGUUGGAAUCUACUGCACAUGAACUUGGCUGAAUUCACAAUCACCAGUUUUAAGACGACCUAUAAAGAGACAGUUUGCAUCAAAGUGCACGCCAAUUGCCGGCUAAGGAGAAUAUAUUUCAGUGACCAACUGUAUAAAGAAAAUGAACUUCCGAAGGCAUACAGGACGUAUGGUACUAYGGAAAAGCGGGAAAACCCGAAGAGCAAGCAAAAGAAAAACGCGAGCRAGCGUUGA